UCUAUGGUUUUGAAUGCCGCUAGCCUGCUGAGGUUAGCCCUCUGACAGUUGCGAGUUGAUGAUGUUUAAUACAUAAAGAAUGGCUGUGGCGGUGUUGGAUUCUAAUAAUGUAGAUAUUAAAAUGGAUAAUAUAAUAAAUAAAUCCAAUUUGGAAAAAAUAGAAAGUUUUUUGAACGAUCCACAAUAUAAAGAAGUCCUGGAAAGCUCAGCUAAUUAUAACACGAGACUAUGUAUAGAAAGAAGAUUACGUCUUCCAUUUAUCGAUACACAAACUGGAGUAGCACAAAAUCAUUCUUCGUUAUUUAUGCAUCCUAGACAAAGAAUUCCAGGUUUGUUGCCGGGUCAAAUUUAUUCUUACCCCAGACCUAGAUGGAGAAAGAAAAGAAGACAAUAUCUUACUAUGAAUUCGAGAACAUUUGCUAGAGCAGCUGAUUCUAUAUUAGAUGAAGGAGAAGUACAUAGCAUUUCUCAAGUAGAGAACCCUGCAUUACAAGACACCGAUAGUAAAGAUAGUCAAUUAUUAAAAGAUGAAGUACCUAAGGAAUGGUAUUAUGAUGAACAAGAUAUGUUAGAAAUGGAAGCAUAUGAUGAACCCGAUCCUGACUCAGACUUAGAUUAUGAAGAAACCUACAAAAAAGGAAGGAAGAAAAAAGGAACAGGAAGGGGAAGAGGGACCGACUCACCUAGUACACCAGGACGCAAAAAAGGUGCAGCAGGAGGGGGUAGGGGAAGAAAAAAAGGGGGACAUAGUUUUGAACCCACCCCCGGAGAUCCAGAUAAACCAUUUGCUUGUGAACUGUGUGGAGCGCGUUACAAGACAAGGCCAGGGUUGACGUACCACUAUGGCCACUCUCACAAAGAGGGCGCUAGCGACGAUAAUUCGCGUGACAGUAACGCCUCAACCCUAACUCCAAUGAACGUGGCUAUGCCACCAGCAGCAGGCCCGUCAGGUAUGCCUGUACCCUUUCCAGGCGUGCCUGGUCAGGGUUUACAGCCCAUACAAGGCAGUGCGGGGGGCAAUAAUAUGGGAGGGUUGGGGGAAGUGGCGCCACCAGUGCAGCAGCAUGGGGGGCAGCCGAGUCCAGGACAGGUGUACCAAGAUAGUUAUGUUUCCUUUCUGAACCAGACACCCGGGUCUCAACCAAGGGCUCGUAACCGAUCUGGUCAACCUGUGCCACCAGCAGGAGGAACAGGUAUUCAGCAACCCCCAAUGACUAUCCCACAAGCGGCUCCGCUCCCUCCAAAUCUACCCCCCUCACAACCGCCAGUGCCAUCUAUACCACAACAUCCACCAACAAACAUCUCAACUGAAGAACCCCAAAUGCCUGUUCUUCCACCAGAGAAUCCUAUUGAACCUCCUUCGACAGUGCCACCAGAGGGUCCUCCUAAAGAUGGACCCCCGAAAGGAGGUCCCAGUCCUUAUUGUGACUUUUGCCUAGGCGAUAGCAGGGAGAAUAAAAAGACAGGAUGUGCAGAGGAACUUGUUUCUUGUUCAGAUUGUGGACGAUCAGGUCAUCCAAGUUGCCUUCAGUUCACUCCAAAUAUGAUGAUUUCAGUGAAGAAAUAUAGAUGGCAAUGUAUUGAAUGUAAAUGUUGCUCAGUUUGUGGAAAUUCUGACAAUGAUGACCAGUUGCUCUUUUGUGAUGAUUGCGAUAGAGGGUACCACAUGUAUUGUCUAACUCCCCCUUUGGACAAUCCUCCAGAAGGUUCAUGGUCUUGUAAAGUUUGCGUAAAUAUAUUUCAUAAAUGAGAUAUAAACCUGUUCAAAUUCCUUAGAAUUUUAGUACAAGUUUUCUGUAGAUAAUUCAACUUGUGUCAUUGUUGAGUUCAACAUUUUUCAUUUUACACAAACUGUAAAGAUUAAGUUCAAAGAAUGAACAAAAUAAUUUAACAUUUAAAAAUUUAAUUUGAUAAGAAUACUGAUUUUGAUACUUAAUAAAUUAACUUGAAUAUUUUUUGCUAAUAUUUAAAAGUCCACUAAUGGUGCAUGAAUUUGGAAAAGGUCACAGAUGUAAUUUUGAAUAAAAUUUUAAAAUAU